AUGUCCCAAAUCGACGGCGUGGCGCUCCAGCAAAUCUUCGCCCGCCUCAAAACUCCCCGUAUUGAGGCCCGCACAAGGGCCGCCCACGAUCUCCGGGCGUUUUUAGGGGCCAUAUCUCGGGACUUAUCUUCCGAGCAGUUUAACCGCUACAACAACGAAAUAAACCGCAUGAUCUUCGAAUUGUUGCAAAGCAAAGAUACCCUGUUGACCUUGGGAGGCAUUGCAGCGCUCAAUUCGCUCAUUGACUUCGACAGCCAUGAGGGAGAGGAGAACGCAACACAAACAGCCCGAUUUCUGAACUACUUGAAGUCGUUGAUUCUUCUGAAUGACGUCACGAUCAUGAAGCAGGCCAUCACCACCUUGGGGAAAUUGGCCACGCCGGGAGGAACGCUUACGGCGGAGUUCGUUGACCACGAGGCGAAAACGGCCAUAGAAUGGCUCCAGUCGGAGGGCAAACAGAACGAAACCCGGCGCCAUGCGGCGGUGUUGAUCAUCUCUGCAUUGGCCCACAAUGCGCCGCUUUUGUUGCAGGGCUACAUCCUGCUGUUCUUCGACUAUCUCUGGAUGCCGCUUCGAGACCUGCGCUUGGUGGUGCGGUGCGAUGCUGCGGCUUGUUUGGAACGCUGUAUAGAUAUUGUAUAUGCUCGUGAUGUAGAGAUGCGUCGCCGUUGGCUCCGAGUGUUGAUGGACCACGCGCUGGCCGUGUUGAGCCCGCAUAGAGGCGCCGACGGCGCGGCCUCCGAUCAGGGCCUGAACACCGUAUCUCUGGGCCAAACCUCGGGCUCGGGGCUCAUCUCUGCAUUUUCACUUUUGGGCAAUACCAGCAGCCCGUCGCCUGAGUCCGUCCACGCUGCGCUUUUGGUCUAUCGCGAGCUCGCCAAGUAUCCUGAUGAUCCUCAUGUCCGCUCCAACUUCGAUACAAUGUACGAAAACACAACUCUGCACAAGGGAAGCAAGUACGGCUACAUACGAACGGAAAUCUGCAAUGUUUUCUCGUUGCUAGUGCGUGUCAAUCGUGAAGACUUCGUUGAGAAAUACUUGCACAGAACCGUCUACUGGUACUUGCAGCAGCUCCGCAAGUUCAAAUCCAACACCAGUGCUUCCGCCAAAUCGGAGAAAAGUGCCAUUUUUCGCAGCAUUGGGCUCAUUUCUCGGCAGGUCGGCAGUCAAAUGGCUCCAUACUUGGAUGCUAUUCUAGAAAACAUCCGUGAAGGGCUCGCAUCUCUGGCAUCUCCAACCAGUAGCUCAACUUCAAGUGCCGCAGCUGCCAUCUCUGCGGCUGCUUUUGCUGCCUCGUCAUCUUUUUUCUCCUCCUCGACCGCAGGUGGAAGCUCUUUGGGCGGCUACAAUCUGUACAGCAAUGCGCCUAAUUACUUCGAUGAAAUUGUCAGCCAAAGACCAUCGACAAUCUUAGAGAAGGAAGUCCAGCAGCCUGAUGUGGUCGCCACAGAUAGUGCAUUGCUGCAAGAAAAGGAGGUUGAAAUCGCAAUUUUUGACUGUAUUGGCCAACUUUCCAUCGCCAUUGGCCCAGCACUUACCAAGCAUUUGCAGCGCGACAUUUUGGACUUGAUUUUUGCCUACUGUACGUUGUCUGUCCACAUGAGAAACGUGCUUGUCACUCUCUUGAGCAAUAUUCCGACUUUGGAACAUACUAUCAAUGCUAAGUUGCUCAAUCUCCUCAGUUUUGUUUUAUCUGGACACGAAUUCCUGCUUCCAGGUGCCCCAACGGGUGCUACGCAUAUGGACCAUGCUGCUGCGCGGCAAUAUCGUCUCGACAUGAUUUCAAGGGACACAGGACUCACCACCAGCUACAUUUCACACAAUCUGGAAUUGCAUACGGCGUUAGAUGCUGACGUUACAGUUCAAGCCUUGCAAAUGCUCUCAAACUUCACAUUUUCUGAGUAUCAGCUAAAUGAAUUCGUCCUGAACUGUGUGGUGACAUACUUGGAUAGCGCGAGCCCCGGAGUUCGACAAACAGCCAUUUCGACCGCAUGUGCGAUUUUCAGAAAUGAUCCAAUUUGUAAUCAAACCAGUAUUCGCGCCCUCAAUUCCGUGAAUGAUGUGAUCGACCGAAUUUUGCAAGUACUGAUUACAGAGGCACAUCCUGAAAUCAGACUUGAAGGACUCUCCUGUCUCUUCCAAUCUGUAAACUUCGAUGCCCAUCUAUCUAAGGCUGAAAAUGUUAAAAUUUUGUUUGUGGCUAUGAACGAUGAAGUAUUUGAAGUUCAAUGCAUGGCGCUAAAGAUUCUAUGCCGUCUAUCUACUGUCAAUCCGGCAUACAUUGUGCCUUCUUUGCGCAAAGCGCUUAUACUGCUUCUUACCCGUUUGGAAUACGCAAACACCAGUCUCAAGAAAGAGCAAACGGCUCACAUGUUGGGACUUUUGAUAGCGAAUCCGCAGGAAAUUACAAAGCCAUACACUAAACCAAUUGUGGAGGCUCUCAUACCAAAGGCGAAGGACCCCAGUCCAGGUGUAGCCACUUGUGCCAUAACUACUCUUGGUGCAGCUGCAAAAGUUGCAGGGGAAGAUAUCAAACCAUACCUACCCCAGCUCAUGCCUUUGGUAAUGAGUACGUUUCAGGAUCAAAGUUCAUCUUUCAAGAGACUUGCAGCACUUAAAACUCUAGGACUCAUAGCAUCUUCAAGCGGGUAUGUUAUCCAACCUCUUCUUGACUACCCCCAAUUGCUCGGCAUGCUCGUCGGUAUUUUGAAGAGUGAGUCUAGUCUGCAUAUCCGCCGAGAGACAGUUAGACUUCUCGGUAUUCUAGGUGCCCUUGAUCCUUACAGACACAGGGAAGUAGAACAGUCUGAGGCCAACACAAAUAAAUCUUUGGAUGCUAGUGGGUCUUCAGAUAACGCGCUCCCCGUUGAUAUUGCACUUCUCAUGCAGGGCAUGUCUCCAACUUCGGAAGAGUACUACUUGACCGUGGCAAUCAACAAUUUGAUGAACAUUUUGAACGACACCUCCCUCUCCGCCCACCACAACAAGGCGGUACAAGCUAUUAUGUACAUCUUUCAAACGAUGGGAAUGCGAUGCGUUCCUUUCCUCCUGCAAAUUAUUCCAGGUCUCCUCAAAGUUAUGGGCUCCUGCAAAAUGGUUCACUUGAAGUUCCUUCUUCAACAAUUGGGGGCUCUUGUAUCUAUUGUGAAGCAGCAUAUAAGACCAUUCAUGACAGAAAUACUUCAGCUCAUAAUGUCUUUUCAUAAUCCCGCUGCUCCAAUUAAAAAGACGGUGAUUCUUCUAAUUGAGUCCAUUGCCAAAGCCUUGGAGGGAGAAUUUAAGAUGUAUUUAGCAGAUGUGCUUCCGAUGUUACUUGAUGCAAUCGAAGAAGACAAACUGCAAGACAAAGACACUUGCAUGCAAGUAUUACGCAGUUUUGUCAUCUUCGGAACGAACAUCCAAGAAUACGAUCACGUCAUUAUCCCCACUGUCUUGCGUCUUGUUGCUAGUCAAGCACCGGUUGAGACUCGCAAAUACGCUAUCGAGACAAUCGGUAAGCUUGCGCGAAACAUCUCUUUGGGAGAGAUGGCUCUGCGCAUUGUGCAUCCAUUAUUAAGAGUUCUCAAUCAGCCUGGUGGGAACGCUCCUUCUAACACCUUGACUGGCCAAGAAGCAGAAUUACAGCUCGCUACUAUAAACGCACUUUGCAGUCUUGCGCUUUCAUCUGGAGAUGAUUUUAUCAUUUUUGUGCCCGCAAUAAAGAAAGUGAUGUUGCGUCAUAAUAUUCACUCGAACAUGUUUGAAAACAUAGUCGGAAAAAUGAUGGGAGGCGAACCUCUUCCCGCAUACAACAACCUUUAUCCUGCUAUUGAACACUCGGGGCAUCAUUUGGAUGCCGCGCAAAUGGAUGUUCCUUCCAAGAAGCUUCCUGUCAAUCAGCAUCUGCUCAAAAGCGCCUGGGACUCGCUGAGUAGAAACAAUACGAAAGAAGAUUGGCAGGAGUGGAUCCAACGUUUAUCAAAGGAACUCUUGAAACAGCUGCCUCUGCAUGCCAUCCGUGCUUGUGCCGGACUAGCUAGUGAUUAUUCUCCAUUAGCUAAGAACUUGUUCAACUCCAGUUUUGCUUCGUGCUGGUCGGAGCUUUACCUGCAACACCAAGAAGAGCUCAUUAACCUGUUGUACGUUGCAUUAUCUGCUCCAAACAACCUGCCCGAGAUUCAUCAGAUCUUACUUAAUUUGGCGGAGUUCAUGGAGCAUGAUGAUAAACCAUUACCAAUUUCAAUUCUGACUCUUGGCCAAUAUGCUCAAAGAUGCCAUGCAUAUGCCAAAGCACUUCACUACAAGGAACUUGAAUUCUACGAAGAGCCAACCUCAGUCACCAUCGAGGCACUUAUCACUAUUAACAAUCAGUUGCAGCAGUCUGAUGCUGCAGUUGGAAUCCUUAAGCACGCACAAUUGCACCACGAUUUGCAGGUGAAGGAAUCAUGGCACGAAAAAUUGCAACGUUGGGACGACGCUUUGGCUGCAUACGCCAGACGCUUGAAACAUGAGCCUAAUAACUUGGAUGCUGUGCUUGGUAAGAUGCGUUGUUUGCAUGCACUUGGAGAAUGGGAGCAACUCUCGGAGCUUGCUCAGGAAAGAUGGCUCUCAGCCUCGGCCGAAACUAAGCGGAAUGUUGCGCCAUUGGCCGCUGCCGCUGCCUGGGGCUUGGGUCAUUGGGACGAUAUGGAUGCGUACAUUCGUGUUAUGAGUCCAGCCUCACCUGAUAAGGCUUUCUUUUCGGCAAUUUUGGCCCUUCAUCGUAACUCAUUUGAGCGCGCAUCCAAUCACAUUCUUACCGCUCGUGACCUACUUGUUACUGAGAUCACAGCACUUGUCUCUGAGUCUUACAAUCGUGCAUAUGGUGUUGUGGUGAGAGUGCAGAUGUUGGCUGAACUAGAGGAAAUUAUUAAGUACAAAUGCUUGCAGCCUGGUCUGGAAAAGCGUGCACUUAUGCGCCGGACCUGGAACACUCGUCUCCUCGGAUGUCAGCGUAACGUUGAUAUCUGGCAAAGAAUGUUGAAGGUGAGGGCGCUCGUCAUUUCCCCAAAGCAAGACAUGGAGAUGUGGAUUAAGUUCGCCAACUUGUGUCGUAAAUCGGGCCGUAUGAGUCUCGCGGAGAACAGCUUAAACAGUCUUUUGGAACAAGGCUCAGAACAUAACCCUUCCCGGGCACCUCCACAAGUUGUUUAUGCUCAGCUCAAAUACAUGUGGGCUAAGGGCUUAGGCAAGGAGGCUUUGCGUCAUUUGGUUGAUUUUACUACGCGGAUGCUGCAAGACUUGGGCCUCGAUCCUGAUGAUCUUAUCACUCAACCAGUUCCUCGCGACGGACCAGGUGUUCCUAAGCACGUUGAGGAGUACACCAAACUAUUGGCCCGGUGCUUCUUGAAACAAGGUGAGUGGCAGAUCGUUUUGAACAGCAAUUGGCGAACAGAAACUUCAGAGAUUAUCCUUGGUGCAUUCUUACUAGCCACUCACUUUGACAGUAAGUGGUACAAGGCUUGGCACAACUGGGCGCUUGCAAACUUCGAAGUAAUUCAAUUGUAUGAGGCAGGUAGUAUUGGAAGUGCAAAUGCUCCUCAGCCUGGCCUGGUCAUUGAAUUGGAGAGGGACUCUCCCGAGCCACAAAACGGAUCAGCUGACGCAGACAAAAACGCUACUCAAAGAAAUGGCAACGGUUCUGUACCUACUGACCCUGGGGCUGCCUCGUCUGCUCCUGAUUCUAGCAGCUCCAAUUCUAUCAAUGGCCCACGGGAUCUUGUGCUGAGACACGUUGUCCCCUCUAUCCAAGGAUUCUUCCACUCGAUCGCGCUUUCUCUGUCUAACUCACUUCAAGACACUCUCAGACUUCUUACUCUCUGGUUCAAAUUCGGUGGUAUUCCAGAAGCUGCUCAAGCUAUGGCUGACGGUUUCGGUAUGGUUAAGAUCGAUAAUUGGCUUCUGAUCAUUCCACAGUUGAUUUCGCGUAUCCACCAACCUAAUCAAAUUGUUUCUAGAUCUUUGUUGGGACUUUUGACCGAUCUUGGAAAAGCACAUCCGCAGGCGUUGGUCUACCCCCUUGCAGUUGCUGUUACCUCUGAGGGUGUGAGUCGUAAGAAGGCUGCUCUUUCCAUCAUCGACAAGAUGAGACUUCAUCUGUCUUUGCUUGUGCAGCAGUCUGAAUUGGUACUGCACGAGUUGAUCAGAGUAGCUGUGCUUUGGCACGAGCAAUGGUAUGAGGGUUUGGAAGAUGCUCUGAGACUUUUCUUUGGUGAGCACAAUACUGAAAAGAUGUAUGAGGUUCUCGAACCUCUCCAUCGUAUGAUCCAAACAGGUCCACAGACGAUGCGUGAGGCAUCCUUUGCGUCGGCUUUCAGCAGAGAACUUUCGGAUGCUUAUGAAUGGGUUCUAAACUAUCGUCGCACGAAGGAUAUCUCCAAUUUGAACCAGGCUUGGGAUGUUUACUACAGUGUAUUCCGUCGUAUCAGCAAGCAAUUGCAACAAUUGCAAACACUAGAAUUGGCCUUCGUCUCGCCUCUUCUUGAGCAGGCUCGUGAUCUCCAAUUAGCUGUUCCUGGCUCAUACCAAGCCGGCAAGCCUAUUGUUCGUAUUAUGAAGUUUGACUCGACGUUCACCGUGAUUUCAUCGAAACAACGGCCUCGUAAGUUGAGCUGCAGAGGCUCUGAUGGCAAGGAACACCAAUUCUUGCUUAAAGGGCACGAGGAUAUUCGUCAAGAUAAUCUUGUCAUGCAGCUCUUUGGGCUUGUCAACACACUUUUGGUCAACGACACUGAGUGCUUCAAACGUCAUUUGGAUAUUCAACAAUAUCCAGCCAUUCCUCUCUCUCCUAAAGUCGGAUUGUUGGGAUGGGUUCCAAACUCGGAUACAUUCCAUGUGUUGAUCCGUGAGUACAGAGAGUCGCGCAAGAUUUUACUCAACAUCGAACACCGUAUCAUGAUGCAUAUGGUCCAAGAGUACGACGAUUUGACAAUCUUACAAAAGGUUGAAGUAUUUACUCUGGCCCUCGAUAACACUCGUGGUCAGGAUUUGUACAAGGUUUUGUGGCUCAAGUCCAAGCUGUCAGAGGCUUGGUUGGAUCGUCGUACCACUUAUACUCGACUGUUGGCAGUCAUGUCUAUGGUUGGAUAUAUUCUAGGUUUAGGUGAUCGACACCCAUCGAAUUUGAUGUUGGACCGCUUCACUGGAAAAGUGGUACAUAUCGAUUUUGGAGACUGUUUCGAAGCUGCUAUUCUUAGAGAGAAAUAUCCUGAGAAGGUACCUUUCAGACUCACAAGAAUGCUUAAUUAUGCCAUGGAAGUCUCUGGAAUCGAGGGUAGUUUCCGGAUUACUUGUGAGCAUGUGAUGCGUGUCCUCAGAGCCAAUAAGGAGUCAUUGAUGGCUAUUUUGGAGGCUUUUGCAUAUGAUCCUUUGAUCAACUGGGGAUUCGACUUCCCAACAAAAGCAAUCGCUGAGACCACUGGUAUCAAGGUCCAUCAAUACAAUGUGAGCGAGCUUUUGAAGGCUGGUGAAAUCGAUGAACAAGAGGCUAAUCGUAUGAGACAACACAAUGCCUUGGAGUUACGUAACGCUCGUGCUGCUCUUGUGUUGCGUCGUAUCACCGAUAAACUUACCGGUAAUGACAUAAAGCGUUUGCGCGGCUUGGACAUUCCAACGCAAGUUGAUAAGUUGAUCCAGCAGGCAACUAGUGUUGAAAACCUUUGCCAGCACUACAUUGGUUGGUGCUCAUUCUGGUAA